AUGCUGAACUGCUCUAGCCCUGACACACUGUCACUGUUGGCGGCUCUCCAACCAGUCUUCAAACUGAAUCCGAUUCGACCCGUCAUGAAUUUGUCAACAACCACCAACGUCAGCGUUUCCUUCAUCAUGAUUGGCAUUUUAGGGGUGGAUGAGAAGGCCCAAGUCUUGACAACGUAUAUCUGGCAAAGUAUGACUUGGAGAAAUGAAUUCACAACAUGGGAUGUAGAAGAGUGCGGUACGCCGUGGAUCUCAGUCCAACGAAAACUGCUCUGGGUACCAGAUAUGGUCAUCAAUGAAUUCAUGGGGAAGAACUCGGCUCCAUUCGCCCCGUAUAGCUACCUGGCGUAUGACGGCAUGGUGUACGACGCGCAGCCCGUCCGAGUCGUGAGCUCCUGCAGACUCGACAUCUACUUAUUUCCGUUUGACAUUCAGAACUGCAGUUUAAGCUACAACUCCUACUUACACGGUCUGAAGGCUAUAGAACCUUCCUUCGGGAUUCCUGUGGAGCUAAUGUUCAAACUCUCCAAAGAAGUGAUGGCAACGAUGGCCGCUGCGUACCUGUCCUCUCCACAGGUGACGGUGAAGCGUCGGGCCACCCUGUACGUGGUGAACAUCCUGAUCCCCAGCUGCUUCCUCGUCACUGUGGACCUCUUCAGCUUCAUGUUGCCUCCCAAAAAAGUCGACCGGUCCUUGUUCAAGAUGACCCUCAUCCUGGGCUACACCGUCUUCCUGCUCAUGAUGAACGACCUGCUGCCCAUCACUGGAGACGUCAUACCGCUCUUAAAUGUGUUCCUGUCGCUCUGCCUGGGCCUGAUGGUGGCCAGUCUACUGGAGACCAUCCUCAUCACCAACCUCAUCUGUGGCUCCGCUCACUACUCUCCAGUUCCUCGCUGGAUCAGAGUGCUUGUUCUUCACAUCCUGGGCAGAUUAGUACGUCUUCCUCCCAAGCCUAGAGAUAAAAAAGACACUGUGUUCAGAAACCCUGCUGUGCCAGAGUUUGAAAUGAAAGUUCCCCCUCCAGUGGCGAAGUGGAGCGAGGCUCCAGAGGAGAAGGAGCCGCUGAACGACUACGAGGCCCUGCAGGAGCUGUGGAGCCUGGGCAGAGACCUCCAGGCCGUCCGGCUGCAGGUGGAGCAGCAGCUGACAGGAAGCCGGAGCACAGAGGAGUGGAUCCAGGUGGGUCUCAUCAUCGACCGCCUGCUUUUCAUCGUCUACAUCCUCUUCCUAACGGUCAGCUUCAUUACCAUCAUCAUCAUCUGGGUGAACUCCUACAACAACCUCUGACUUGGCUGUUAGGUUUCACUCCUCUUUCAUCCAUUUUGUCUUUAACAUAAUAUGCUACGUGGCA